CGGCUGCGGGAAGGGUUUCGGGUGCGUUUCGCCGCCGCGCCGAACGACACUUGCCUGUGCUUUCCUCCUAGGUGGCUGCUGAGGGCACGCUCGGGCCAGCAUGGCUUUGGUCAGCCUGAAGAGUUUCCGGGCUUGUUCGGCCGGCACGCCGGGCGGCAGGCGCGUUUUGAUGGCCCUCGGCAAAAGUCUGAGCUCUGCCGGCGGGCAGCGCAAGCCCCCAAACCCCAGCGCCGUCGCCGUGAGGGAGCUGCGCUCCGGGGAUAAGCCCAGGUACAUGUUUUGUCGCCAAAACCACGUACAGCUGCGGAUACAGGCGCUCUCUGUUAAUGACACCGUGCAGCUUUGUGGGGACACCGGGAGCGGUCCUAAAGCUGACAGCAGAUGGAUGGAUGAACAAAUAUUUUUCAGGAGGUUGAACGGCCUCAGUACCUCCAAAGAGAUUUUUAAAUUUCUCAGCUCUCUGGAAGCCAUGUCCGAUAUUAUGGCAUCAUGGGCCCUGCAGAGGAUUUCUGAAGUUGAGGUGGAUGACGACGGCAUGAAAAACCCUGAAGAAGUGCUAGAGAAUGAAGUCUUCAAGGCAUUAUGCUUUCAGUUUGAAUUUGAAGCCUCAAAGCUGUCAAACAGUGGGCUGCUGAACGCGUUGCAGGCUUUGAUAAAGCUGCGCGUAGAUCCAGAGAGCACGCUGAUGGCAAGCUUGCUCUCGGAGAGCGAAGAACGGCUUGCCACCAGACAGCUGGCUGUUGAACAUCAGUGCUCUCUCGCAGAGAGUUUGCUUGAGUUGGAAGGCCCCAGCUGUGCAACGCUGGAACAAAUCGUGAACCACAUACAGGAAGAAGACAUUGAGAACUGGACUCCUAGGGAAAUUACGAUGGUUUAUAAGAUGCUGCAGGCGACUGUCAGGGAAGGGGAACAAUACCACGACUUGCUAAACAGAAUGAACAGGGCCACUUUAGCCAUAGCUGACCAGCUAAGCCCAAAUUUCACGAGCAUAAUACUGAAUUCCCUGGUGGUUCUCCAACAGACUCAAGCAGUUCCCUUAGUCAUAGCACUACGUAAGCAUUCUGUGAAGCAUGUUCCUUAUUUCACAGAUGAUGAGUUGGUAAAUGUACUGGAUGCCUUCUUGUGCUUUGGACAUCGUGACCAAAGUUUUACAGAUGCACUGGAAACACACGUUCCCAAGUCCAUCUCUACCAUGCAUCCUGAAGCAGUCAGCAAAGUGAUGCAGUAUUGCUGCCAAAAGCUGAUCCUUUCUAAGCCUAUUUUUGAUGCAGUAGCAGAAUGUUUCAUUUCUGAUGCUGACAGAUUUACCACCAGCCAGAUUGCUGAGUGUAUUGUCCCAUUUGGGACUCUUAACUAUCUUCCUCCAAGUGCUUCUUCCUUGUUUAGGAAGCUCGAAACUGUACUACAUACUCGUUUUAGUCAGUUUCAGCCUCACACCUUGCUGAACCUGCUGCACUCGUGCAUCCUUAUUCAGCGUUAUCCAGUAAAUUUUCUGCCAAAAAUAUUUAGUCCCUAUUUUCUGCAACAUCUUCAAGCUCAGCCACCUGGUUUGGAUGGAUUUGUUGCCUCCCAGUUAACCCGGCUUUUUCUAACCAUUACCCUGGAGUGCCCGUUUUAUGAGGGUCCCAAACUCCUUCCAAAGUAUCAGGUAAAGGCCUUUCUCACUCCUCACUGUUCUCUGGAUUUUCACCUCCUCAAAAGGGUGAAGGCUGGACUACUUUAUUUGCUGAAAAAAAGAACAUAUUUUGCAUCAGAGGUAUCAACACCGUAUUUCUAUAUAGUUGAUAUUGAGAUUAAAUUAGAUGAAGAAGGCUUUGUGUUGCCUGCUGCUCAAUGUGAGGAGGUACACAGACGAAUUGCCCUGUGUGUUGAUGGUCGAAAUAGGUUCUGCAUUAACAGCCACAAUCUACUGGGAGAGGAAGCCAUCAAACAGAGGCAUCUUCAGUUACUUGGUUAUAAAGUUGUGCAGGUUCCAUUUUUUGAGAUAGAAAGUCUAAACAGUUGCAGAAAAAUGGCAGAAUAUCUACACAAAAAAAUCUUUCCUUGCACAUAUGGACUUGGCUGCUGACACUGGAGAAUAAUACUGCUUCACAACUUGACCUCCUGUACUGUGUGUGAUGUGCACAUAUUGUGCGUGGAAGAGCAAUUCUGUUUUCUAAGUAACUCCAUGUAAGAUGAUUUCAGCUUCUGAACGUGUGACCUUCCAAUAUUUGGAAGAAGUGACAUGUAAAGAGUAAUAAAGAACAACAUAUUUUCUUAA